AUGGUCAAGCUCACCUCAGCACUCAGUUUCCUCCUCGCCCUCAGCGUCGUCAAUGCAUCUCCCAUCGAAGAUGCCAUCCCCAACCGCGUAGCCCUCGCAAAACGCGCCACCUGCACCCCCGACAGCCUCGGCGACACCCAGCAAGAUGACACACCAGCCAUCAUCGCCGCCAUCAAAUCCUGCGGCAACGGCGGCACCAUCGUCAUCCCCGCCGGAAAGACCUACAGUCUCCGCACCAUGCUCGACUUCACCGGCUGCGUCAACUGCGAUUUCCAGCUCGAGGGGACGCUCAAGUCUUCCACUGAUACUACCUACUGGUCCACCCAACCAGCCAUCAUCUAUUUCAACAAGAUCACCGGCGUCAAAUUCCGAUCCCUAACCGGCAGCGGCGUAAUCGACGGAAACGGUCAAGCAGCCUACGACCGCUGGGCCACCGGCAGCUUUGCACGCCCAACCGUAAUCUACGUCGUCGGCGGCUCAACCCUCUCCUUCACCGGUUUCGCCAUCCACAACGCCCCCAACGCCUUCAUCGGGCAAAAAGGCGGCGUGAAGGAUGUCACAUAUGCCACUCUAACCAUGACAUCCGCCUCCAAAUCCACCAACCUCCCCAAAAACACCGACGGCUUCGACAUCGGCGAGAGCACAAACACUCUUAUCAAAGAUGUCUUCGUCAGCAACCAAGAUGACUGCAUCGCGUUUAAGAGCGGGUGUAACUACGUUACCGUCGACGGCAUAACCUGUUCAGGCACCAACCACGGUCUUGCCGUCGGAUCGCUGGGGAAAGACAACGCCGACUUCGUGAAGAACAUCUACGUCACCCGCGCUACGAUGAUCAACUGCGGCAAAGCAGCAGGCAUCAAAGUCUACCCCGGCGGCUCCGACCACGGCACCUCAACCGUCUCCAACGUCACCUGGGACGGCGUCGACGUCCAAGGCUGCGAUUACGGGGCACAAAUCCAAAGCUGCUACGGCUCCGACGCUGCGAAUUGCGCGGUAAACCCGAGUUUGGCGAGUUUGUCUGGGAUUUACUUUAAGAAUUUCAAGGGGACGACGAAUUCGAAACAGGCGCCUGCGGUGGCGAAUUUGAAUUGCUCGCCGCCUAUGCUGUGUGAUUUGCAUUUUACGAAUUGGGCUGUGAAGAACCCAAGUGGUGCGACGGUGAAUUAUUGUGCUAAUAUUGAUGGGAGCCCUGGUAUCACUUGCACGUCGGGGGCCUCGGGGUGAGUGUGUGUUUUGUGGUGUGGUAUAAAUUAAACAAUUUGUUGUUGUUUGUAUGAGGG